UCAACAGAAGAAAAGAAAAUAAUACAACCGUUACUGCAAGUUUUGUUGACAUCCGAUCCGAGACACAACUGCAGCUUUCCCGGGCUGAAUCAUUCAUUUAAAUGGCUACAGGUUACCGGAAACCAGCUUCUUCGGCUGGCCAAAGGAAAAAGGCAGGUCCCCAAAAAGAUCUGACUGAGGAGCAGAAGCAGGAAGUUAAAGAGGCUUUUGAUCUGUUUGACACAGAUGGCAGUGGAACAAUAGAUGUGAAGGAGCUCAAGGUGGCCAUGAGAGCGCUCGGGUUUGAACCAAAGAAAGAAGAGAUCAGGAAGAUGAUUGCAGACAUCGAUAAAGUUGGCUCUGGAACAAUCGACUUUAAUGACUUUCUCCAUAUGAUGACUGUGAAAAUGAGUGAAAAAGACUCCAAAGAAGAAAUAAUGAAGGCGUUUCGGCUGUUUGAUGAUGACGGCACGGGAACAAUCACAUUCAAAAAUCUCAAGAGAGUUGCCAAGGAGCUGGGUGAAAACCUCACGGAUGAGGAAUUACAGGUAUCGUGUUCUCUGAUGACGUGCAAUGUUUCCCAUAUACUAAAUAUAAUUACUUAUUGGUGGUCCAUGCACAUGUGUAGAAAUGUCACAAUCUGGCGACAGAUAUCCAAUAAAGCUAUUAAUAAGAGCAACAUCUGAGCACUUCUUUUAGUGACAGGGAAUGCCUUUGCAAUGGUAGGUUUACUGGUGCAUUCAUGUACAAGUCAUCAGCUUUUGAAUUGAUUGCUGUUUUGCAAUUCUUUUUUUUUUUAUAUACGAGACAAAGAGAGUUCCUCUUUACUGUAAAAACGGAGCCUAUAACCUCCUCGAGACAAUCUCUUCAUAGUUUCUGUUUUGCAGUUCUCGAUGCAGGCUGUCGAUGCUCUCACUGCGUCUGUCAGUAGCUCCCUACGCCUCCUCCUUCUGAACUACCUCGAGGUUUACUAAUUCAUUCUUAACCGUUUAUUUAAUACUCACUGGAAAGAGGGUUUAUUUUCCUCAAACUGCUCUCAUGUUUGAUGAUUGAGAAUAGUUUCAGCAGAUAUUGUACCUUUGCAUAUAAUGUGUGCACUGCAUAUCUUUUUAAUGUUAAAUGCACUCUUUGUGUGGAAUAUCAGGCUCAACAAUAAGGAUUUCCUGAUUUCACGGGGCAAGUAAAAUGCUUGUAAAUAAAUAAAUCUAGCAACUCACUGGCCCAAUCGGGCAAGUAGAGUUCUGACGUUAAAAAAAAAAAACCUGAAUAUGGAGCAGUAUGUUUAGGAACACACUUCUUAAAAAGCCCAACAACAACAACAGAGAAGUGGUUGCUGCAGACACAGAAGAGUGAGCAGAAUGUGGCCUUUGAUAAAGUUACAUAAAUUGUUUGAAUUGUAGCAGAAUGCCUUAGACAGAAUGCCUUAAACAAUACCUUCAGAGGAUAUCUCAGGAAGCUAGAAAUAAAUGACCAAUAUUGAGAAAUAAUGAAUACUAAACAUUGGGUUGGAUUUCUCAGCACUGGUAACAGUAAACGGUUCAUUAAACGGCGUUACAUUAUACCCAAGCUCACAAAUAAGACUGAUACUCAUCUGUCUCCUACUUCCCUUUAUGUUGUUAUGUUCUUACUCAUGCUAUUGAAAUAGCAGUUGUUGGUUAUUUCUGUGGACUAAAAUUCCCAGGAUGGAGUUUUUCUGGUCCAUCACACCAGAUGCAUCGAGAAAAGCUCUCAGUGCACUUGUCAUUUUUUUUGUAUUUGAACAUUCAGACUUCGUUUCUUAUCCUUUUUAGGAAAUGAUCGACGAGGCGGAUCAAAAUGACAACGGUGAGGUGGAUGAGCACGAGUUCUUGAGGAUAAUGAAGAAGACCAAUCUUUACUGAA